UUCUUACGGGUAAAAAAAAAUCCGGAAUAACAAUUUUGCCUAUAUUUACGAAAUUAUGCACGUAUCGUUGUUUUCAUAAAACGUAGUGAAUAGCCUAUUAAAAAAAUGAUUCGUGUCACCUUUAUUUAUACAGUGUGUGUUUAGCCUGGAGUGCAAGAUGGAAAAUCGACCAUCAUACAGGCAGACAGUGGCUGGAAAGGGCAAGACCCCCCCCCCCCCCGCCCAAUCACAACGAUUUACUUUUACAUGGAAGAAGGACUUCAGAAUCCAAUAUUUAUAAUCCACACUGUCAUCAAAUCUCUCUGUACUUCUGUGUAUUUGUAUGUCUAUGAGCAUCAUCAUUCGUUAUCUAUUAUGCAGGCUCAACCAGCCACCACAAGUCAUCUGUAGCCGCCAAGCAGCCACACAAGAAGCGAGUGUUCUCAACAUGUGCGGCCUUAGAUGGUGAAAUGUUGAAGAGGCUCAUCCAAAAAGAUGAGCAGCGGAGGAUCCAGGAGCAGCGAAACUCUAGAAAAGGUUGGCUGAGGGCAUGGGGUGCUCUGCAGGACUGGAUGCAUCAGCUGUUCAGGAUCAUUGUGGCCUUCACAGAAGACCCCAUGUUUGACAAGUUCAUCCUGUUUGUGGUGGUGCUCAACACAGGGACCCUGGUGGCCCAGACAUUUGAAAGUGUGACUGUGAGAGGAGGGUGGUUCUUCUCAGCUUUGGAUUCCGCUUUUCUGGCAAUCUAUUUAAUGGAAUGUGUGCUGAAAUUGCUUGUCUGGGGUCGACUCUACUUCAAAAACCCCUGGAAUGACCUGGACUUUUUCAUCAUUACGAUGAGCCUCAUUGACUUCCUGCUGCCACUCAUUGAGUCUACAGGGAACUUCAGUGGAGGUCAGGCAUCCACAAUCUUCCGCAUCCUCAAGCUCUUCAAAGGGGUCCGGGCCAUCCGAGCGUUCCGGGUCUUGCGUACCAUCCGCUUUCUCCAAAAUCUCCAGUCCAUUGUGUCCACCUGUCUCCAGUCUCUCCAGUCAAUGGGGGCCAUCAUCAUCCUCAUGUUCACAUUCCUCUUCAUGUUUGCUGUCAUUUUCCGAGAGAUGUUCAACGAGUCUGACCCGCAUCGCUUUGGCACCAUGUUUCGGACAAUUUUCACUCUGUUCCAGCUACUCACGCUGGAUGACUGGGCUUUCAUCUACUCUACCAGCCGGGACAACGGUGCACCUCAUAUUAUCAUCUUCCUUGUCCUGUACAUUGUGGUGGAAUACUUCACUUUCCUCAAUCUAUUCAUUGCUGUCCUCGUCGACAACUUCCAGAUGACAAUCAAGAGACGGAUGGCGUCAAAGAUCCAAAAGUUCCAGGAUAUAUAUGAGAGUGAGAUGCAGUCAAUGAAGAAGUUAGAGCCCCAGCCCAUUGAACCACAGACCGAUGAGGAGUUCUAUGAAGAGGCCCUGAAAUUGACCUAUAGUGAAAAUAAGUAUGGAAAGAGGGAGAUAGAGCUGAUCACCAGCUACCUCAGACUGCUGGCAUCCAUAGAUCAGAACCAGCAGACGUUCCGCUCCCAGGGCUGUGUUCUGGAGCGCCUCAUUGACACCUUCUUUGAGGCAACAGAGGAGGACAGUCAGGGGAAUGACCACGAAUAGGGAAAUAACAAGGGUCAAACUUAGUAAAGAAACCCUUAUUUCUUUCUCCAGAUCAGUGAUGGCAACUCAGAUUUGAUCCUUUGAGAACUCAUUAAAGUCAUGA